AUGACAUCCAUCACAAUCGCCGCUAAAUCCUCCCUCUUCGAACCAGCGCACGCCCCUCUGACCCCUUUCACACGCACCCAAUGGCGUCACGCCCUACGAGAAAUAAAGCUGCUGUACGUCCAGAAGCAGUACAAACGAUGCCUCGCCCGUUCGUCGUCUAUUCUCGCGGGGGCGAGGGAGCCUAUUAACUCCAUUUACAAACUCUACUUGCACUUCUACAGCGCUAUUUGCUACGAGGCGAUGGGUUUGUACGCGCACGAUUACUCGAGUAAGAAGGUGCCGCUGCUCAGAGAGGCGUUGGGGUGCUUUGCGGCUUGUUUGAGUGCGUUUCCGGUGGAGGUUGAGGUGGAAAGUGAGCUUGAGGUUGAGCUUGGGCAAGCGGUGCUUGUGCGGAGAGAUUCGGGGGUUGGGUUUGCCUCCCAUGAUGAGGUUGAGUGCGACUUUGGUCCGGGCUACAAGGGUGGGGAUAGCGACGACGUCUUCGGGAGUGAGACUGGGAUUGAAUUGAGCGCCGUUGGUGAAGAUCCGGAGGAAUCUCCCUCUCUCUCGCCCUCCCCGUCUUCAUCUUCUACGCCUACUCCAUACGCGUCAACCGUCGGCUCAAGGUCAAGAUCGAGAUCAAUCUCCCCGGCCGAUACCAUCGUGACCAGCAUCACGGAUUUCAUUGACAGGACCCUCGAUUGUCCUGACGACGACCCGUUCCUAGCAGACUCGGACUGUGAGGAUCCCAUCAGUCUUGAGCUCGGCGUCGACAGUGAAGACUUCGAGGCUAUCCAUAUCCUCGACGAGAAAGAUCCAGGUCAGGGUCAACCACUUGUUCCUUCGCCCCUACAAGUCCGCAAGUCGAAAACCGCUAGACCCCUCUCGCUCUUCCUGCCAUCCCUUGAUAACCACCAUAGGAAGGAAAAUACAAAUGCAUUCAUGACCCCACAGAGCGAGUCUUACGCUGCAGCCGCAAUGGAACUUAGUACCCGAGCACGGGCACGUCCUCUCCCAUCUCUCCCUAUCGCCUGCUCCAAAUUCAAUACCGAUCCGUCUAAGCGAAACACUAUUACCCCUCCCCCUCCCCCUUCCCUCUCUCUAAACGCACACAUCCACGCCUAUAACACCUCCCUCUCCUUCCUGCACACCCAAAUAAGCAGCACAAUCACACAUCUCCAGUCUCAAAUCCAGGACGUCACAGCCCUCCAACAAGCCCGCGCCACAUCCCGCCGAAGCGGGAAUUUCCAGCGCUCCGCAUCCUUCUGGUCGUUUAGCCCUGUCAAGGACGGCACUUCCUCGCGCCGGAACUCUUCAUAUACGCAAGAUAGCGGCGUCUCGUCGUCCAGACGCGAGGGUAUCGCGGACCGGAUUUCGAGACUUCGCGCGGAGGGGUGGGAUACCGUGGGCUUGAGGAACCCGGGGCGCGGGUGGAAGGGCGAGGAGUAUUAUCGCGAGUUCUGUGGGAUGGCGCUUGAUGAGCUUUAUCUUGGGUGA